UGGAUAUAGCUGUCAUAUCGUUUCGCUGAAUAUCUAUAGUUAAUAAAUAAAACAUUACAAUAAUAAUUUAUGAAAUUUAAUUAAUAAAUAACAACAAUUGUAAACAGUUCGAAAGUUUAUAAACAAGACGUCUGCUUAUAUUGUAUUAAAAAUGAAUCUUCUCGUUGUACCGGUCGUGUAUACGACUAUGGUAUUUUUAACAGUGGUGUUUGGUGAACAAACUAGAAAAGUGUACAUGGAAAAACGUGGUAAACUUCAAGACCUAGAAACCUCAGCUUCGGGAUACAUAUACAGAACGGAUGGGCAGAACCCUCCGAUAUUCAUUAAGCUUGGAGAAGGCAACAAUGACAACUUCAAUGCCAUACUGGAAAAUUUCAAAAAAGAAAAUGGCUUUCACGGGAUGCCUGUGGUCAGUGGUAAACAAGAGUCGCCAUACCACAUACCGGUCGUCAGCGAGGAGAGGGCUGUCCAUUACAACACCGGUCGCAGCAUCGACGGUGGCGGUUACAAACCAACUUCUCGUUUCGGAGACCCAAUGGCUGAUGACUUUGAUGACGGAAGGUACGGGCUUGACGACGUGGACGACUCGGCGGCGCCAAUCUCGGACGUCGGAGGCCAUAAUUUCGAUCUAGACGAUCUCGGCGACGCAUUUGACUUCGGGCCGUCCCCGUUCAAGUACCAUCGUGACGUGUCCGCAGAAGGCCUGAAAGGCGACGCUCACGGAAUCGACGACCAGAAUUACUUCGGUUCGCCUUACACCCACAACGAGUACAAGUCACCGAGCAAACACUCGAAGGCUGGCGGUUCGUACCAAAAGGCUGGCCAUUACUUCUCGCAGGGCACGCUGGGCGACAGCGGAUACAAGAACCAUCACGACUUUGACAAGGGCCACGCUGGUAAAUAUGGCAAGGACGACCUGAAGAGCCACUACAAGAAGGCGUCCGGCCACAGCAACGGCCACAAGAACGAGGCUGACCACUACGGCAAGCACAAGAGCGGCACGCACGGCGUCAAGGGCCACAAGUUCGGCGAGACCGAGCACCACAAGAAGGGGCACAAGACGACCGGCUUCCACAACGUGUACCACAAAGACGAGUACAACAAGGAACAGAAGUUCUACGACGACGCGCACAAGCAAGGCAAGUUUGACAAGUACGGCGGCAAGCACAAGGACUUCUCGCAGAAGGACGGCGGCCACAAGCACGGCACCCACCACGAGUCUGGUUACGACGAGGGGCACAAGGGCGCGGCCGGCCAAUUCGAGAAGGGCAGCUACCACGAUGGUCAUAAGGGCCACAGCGGCGAGUCCGGCCACAAAUCGCAUCAUGAUCACAAGGCCGAGUACGAUACACUGUCUGACAACAAGAAGUACGGCGAACACGAGGCUGCGGGUGGCGACGACUUCUAUUGAGCGAUGACGGCGGCGUGGUGACGACUUCCAAGUCUAUAUUAUUAUACAUUAUACUCCUGCGUGUAUCAUAAUGCACGUACUUGGCGAAAGCAAACGCUUCGACAGACUUCAGUGGCGUGCCCACGAGGGGGGGGGGGACUUGAGUGUUAUUUCUAAUGUUCUCCCACCCCCCUUGUCCCAUACAUCCCCUUGUGUUUGUGUCUUUGGUAUAUUACCGCCACAAUUCAUUUAAAUGUAUUAUUAAGUUAUAACAUACCUCCCACCCAUUAAAAAUUCCUGGGCACGCCACUGACAGACUUGGUAUUGUAAAUAUAUAUUAAAAAACUUAUUGAUAGCUAAUAAUUAUUAUCAUCAUUAUUUUAUGCCGAAGAUCAGUGUGUCUGUAUAUAAUAGUAUAUACCUAUAUAUUUACCUAUUUGGAUAUAUAGUAUGUUAUUUAUAUACCUAUGUCCUAUAUAAUAUAAUCAUAUUCAGUGAGAUGAUUUUUCAGGUUACACUAAAUUUCUGGGCUGGAUUACGUUUGAUUAGAUCGGUUUUUUUUUCACAAGCUUUAAUGGGGUGUACCUUAGUUCACAUUAAUUAUGGUUGGAAUAACGUUCCAAGUUUAUUGAUUCCAUCCCAAGCCCCCUUCAUAUUUUUAUAAUUACCAACAUAUAUAUUUUAAAUCAUAUUUGUGCUGGUCUAUGUUAGGUAAUAAUAACAAAAACAAAUACUUUUUCUUGAUUUAUUAAGAUGAUUAAAUUUGCUCAUGCAUUCAUUAAAAUCUUUUUUUAUUUACUAAAAUGUACAAAAUGUUAUUUGCCUAAGUAUACCUCGUGGUAUAAAAUAUUUUAUUAAAAUAUUAGAAUUAUAAAUAUUGUUUAUAAUAUUUAAACCAAAGAUGUAACGAAUUAUUCGAUAGGUAGUCAAUAUUUUAAUAGUUCAAAAAAAUACAAAAACGAAUUCAAGUAAAAAUUUUAAAUAUCUCUCAUGUUAAUUCAAUUUUGAUAUUAUAAAUUUAGAGCAAUAGUUAGGAAGUAAUACUUUAAAAAUAGACCUACCUAAAUAUAUGGUAUUAAAAGUAUAAAUAUUUUAGACAUAGCGGCAUAAUUUUAUGCGCGUUUUUGCAGGCGAGUUAACAAUUUGAAAUAUUCUUAUAAAAUGUACCUAUACCCCUGGCUGGUCAAAUUUAUUCCGAUUCUACAAUACAACGUAAAAUGGGCCGAAAAAUUAAUGUUAAGUAACUGAAAAACGAUCAUUCUGUAUAUUAUAUUAUGUUAUAUUAUUUUGCAUACGUGUUAAGUCUUUAAUUCAUUUCUAAAUAUACUCGUGUACAUAUUAUUA